UCCCAACCAGGCAAGACAACUCUUGGUGCCUCUCCCUCUGUCUCUCUCUCUUUUCUUUUUGAGGGGGAGAGGAAGGACUUGUCUUAUUCUUGGUUUCAUCUCCUUUUUGAUUUUUAGCAGUUACCCCCAUGAGAACUGAUUUCCAGGUGUUCAUCAGGGAAACAGAGUGGUCCUCAUGCUGGAAAUAGAAAGGAUGACAAUUUCUGAUACUGAUUGUUAAAGGCUGCAAGGCACCCGCCCCCUCCACACAUUCAAAAUGCCUUUCAAAGCAUUUGAUACCUUCAAAGAAAAAAUUUUGAAACCUGGGAAAGAAGGAGUGAAGAACGCUGUUGGAAAUUCACUGGGGAUUUUACAAAGAAAAAUUGAUGGGACCAAUGUGGAAGAAGGGAACAUUGAGCUGAAUGAAGAAGGCAGGCCAGUGCAGACGUCCAGGCCGAGCCCCCCACUCUGUGACUGUCACUGCUGUGGCCUCCCCAAGCGUUACAUUAUUGCCAUCAUGAGUGGGCUGGGAUUCUGCAUUUCCUUUGGAAUUCGGUGCAAUCUUGGAGUUGCCAUUGUGGAGAUGGUUAACAACAGCACCGUAUAUGUUGAUGGAAAACCCGAAAUUCAGACAGCACAAUUUGACUGGGAUCCAGAAACAGUGGGCCUUAUCCAUGGAUCUUUUUUCUGGGGUUAUAUUGUGACACAAAUUCCAGGUGGUUUCAUUUCAAACAAGUUUGCUGCUAAUAGGGUCUUUGGAGCCGCCAUCUUCUUAACAUCGACCCUGAACAUGUGCAUUCCUUCUGCGGCCAGAGUGCACUACGGAUGUGUCAUGUGUGUCAGAAUUUUGCAAGGUCUAGUGGAGGGUGUGACCUACCCAGCCUGCCAUGGGAUGUGGAGUAAGUGGGCCCCACCUCUGGAGAGAAGCCGAUUGGCCACCACUUCUUUUUGCGGUUCCUAUGCAGGCGCAGUAGUUGCCAUGCCUCUGGCUGGGGUGUUGGUGCAGUACAUUGGAUGGUCCUCUGUCUUUUAUAUUUAUGGUAUGUUUGGGAUUAUUUGGUACAUGUUUUGGCUGUUGCAGGCCUAUGAGUGCCCAGCCGCUCAUCCAACAAUAUCCAAUGAGGAGAGGACGUAUAUAGAAACAAGUAUAGGAGAAGGAGCCAACUUGGUUAGUCUAAGUAAAUUCAAUACACCAUGGAAAAGAUUUUUCACUUCGUUGCCGGUUUACGCAAUCAUUGUGGCAAAUUUUUGCAGAAGCUGGACCUUUUAUUUGCUCUUAAUAAGUCAGCCUGCUUAUUUUGAAGAGGUCUUUGGAUUUGCAAUAAGUAAGGUGGGUCUCUUGUCAGCAGUCCCACACAUGGUUAUGACAAUCAUUGUGCCUAUUGGAGGACAACUGGCUGAUUAUUUAAGAAGCAGAAAAAUACUGACUACAACUACUGUCAGAAAAAUCAUGAACUGUGGAGGUUUUGGCAUGGAGGCAACCUUACUCUUGGUGGUUGGCUUUUCCCAUACCAAAGGAGUGGCUAUCUCCUUUCUGGUGCUUGCUGUAGGAUUUAGUGGCUUUGCUAUUUCAGGUUUUAAUGUCAAUCACCUGGACAUUGCUCCCCGCUAUGCCAGCAUUCUCAUGGGGAUCUCAAAUGGAGUGGGAACCCUCUCUGGAAUGGUCUGUCCUCUCAUCGUUGGCGCAAUGACCAAGCACAAGACCCGUGAGGAAUGGCAGAAUGUGUUCCUCAUAGCUGCCCUGGUGCACUACGGUGGUGUGAUUUUCUAUGGGGUCUUUGCGUCUGGAGAGAAACAAGAAUGGGCUGACCCAGAAAACCUCUCAGAAGAGAAAUGUGGAAUCAUUGACCAAGAUGAAUUAGCUGAGGAAACAGGACUCAACCAUGAGAGUUUUACCAGUCCUGGAAAGAAGUCUUAUGGAGCCACCACACAGAAUUGUGAAGUCCAGAAGAAGGAAUGGAGAGAACAGAGAGGAAUGACCAUUGAUGAGGAAGAGCUGACAUCCUACCAGAAUGAGGAGGGGAACUUCUGAGAUACAAAUCUGAAGGGCACUUCCAUCUACACUCUUAGAACCAGAAAGUAUCCAUACCUAUUGCCUUCCUCAUAGCCUGGGUUACCAGAUGGCCAAAUAUGAGACACUGGAGGUAGGAGAGGGUGGAGAGAUUUAAUUAGCAACACAAAAAAGAGAAAUAUCUUGCAAUGAAACUUAGGAUGGAGCUUGCUCUCAGUUGAUAAAAUAUUUAAUAUAUAUGUUGAAUUAGCAUUUGACCUUUCUUGCAAAGAACUGAACUUAUUCAAAAAGAAAUGAUUUGAAAAAUAAGGGAGACAAUGCCAUGUUGUUAAAAAAAAAUGAUGGAAUAGGGAUAUUUGGCUUGGAGGAAAGUAAACGUAGUUGCUACUGCAUCUCUGACAGCAGCCAUGCUGAGGAGGGUUUCUUAUUCUUAAAAAGAUACCACUCCUGGUGGCCUAAUGUUGUGCUAGGUGCUUUCUGAAUGAACAUUAUCAUUUAAUCUCCACACCCCAGGACAUACAUUUCUUAUUCCUGUUAUACAACUAAGGAAAUUCAAUAAUAAGAAGUUAAUUUGCCCAAGGUCAUCAUGCCAGAUCAGUGCAAGAUUCAUGUAGACUCACUUAGGUGGCAUUUUCAUGAAAGAACAUUUCAGCUCAGUGUAGAGAAGGCAUUUUUAAUAACAAAAACUGAAACUGAAAUGAGUUGUCUUGUGGGUAAUGCCUUAGUUUGGCAGGAGUGGGGAUGGAAAAUUUGAAUUGAUGUGGUAGAGGAGAUUCAAAUACGGUAUUAAGGAUUCAAAGACCCUUAGGGUCUUAUAUUUUUCAAAGAGUCAAAUGACUCUCGAAUGUAUAGUUUUUAAAAUAAUAAGGGUCACAGAUUAUAUGAAAGAUUUAAAUAGGUUUAAAAAAAAAGAAAAGUUAAACAAGAUAGUCAAACUUCCAGUAAUCCAAUGGUCAGAAUGGCUGAAAAGAAGUAAAAGGAUUGGCUAUUAAAUUCUGUAUAAUGUCAAGAAUGCAGUUAAAUAAUGUCCCAAAUUACUUAUAAACCUUUAUGACAUUUAAUAAUUUAAAAAGUAGGUUCAUGCUUUUUUGUUGUUGUUGUUGUUGAGAUUUUUG